UGGUUUACUCACAAUGAUUCCUGUUUAACUUUUUUCUUUGUGAAGGAUGAUCCUCUCUCAUCUCCUCUGGGGAUAGCUGCUGGAAAAGGUCACACAGAGAUUGUGGAGAAACUGAUAUCAGCUGGAGCUGUCAUCAACUACCAGAACAAGAAUGGUGCUACUCCACUCUAUACGGCCUGUCAGAAUGGACACAAGCAGACAGUUGACGUUCUGUUGAAGAAUGGAGCGAAUGUUAAUCUGACCUGGACAGUUGAUUCUCUCUCAUCUCCUCUGGGGAUAGCUGCUGAAGAUGGUCACACAGAGAUUGUGGAGAAACUGAUAUCAGCUGGAGCUGUCAUCAACUACCAGAACAAGAAUGGUUGUACUCCACUCUAUAUGGCCUGUCAGAAUGGACACAAGCAGACAGUUGACGUUCUAUUGAAGAAUGGAGCAAAUGUUAAUCUGACCUGGACACUGAAGGUCCUGUCUUUGCCCAAGGACAGGUGUGGAUUAAUGAAUAUUGCUCAAUCCUCACAAUCACCGAAUACGACGCUAACACCAGAAUUUUUGCGGGCCAACACAUAAACUUCAUGCCCGUGCCACAGGGUAUGUUUACAGUCGCUGGGUUCAAAGACCCCAGAGGAAACACCCUCGGAUGGACUUUCGACUGGGAGAAUUCAUAGCUAGAUGCCUGCGCAGUGAUAUCGUGGUCCGGACAAAUGCUCCACCUUCCCACCGGCGACCCUGUGAUCCUAACGACAUGGGUCGUAACUCGUCAAACCAGUUUUGAAGACCUAUGGACCUCUACACUGAUCGGACAGGACCAGUUUUACCCGAUUGACUCUUUGCCUGUCAAAGGCUUACGCAUAAUUAUUCUAUCCAUCAAGGCAAGAAGGAUUCCUAAUGUGGCAAAAACUACUGACACCAGAUUGGAACUUUUGUAGUCAUGAAAAAGACUAGCUAGCAAUAGUGGGAUAGCAUAGGUAGUGACAAUGUAGUAAAGAUGUAGAUGCAGUUCAAUACAUUUGAAGUGUUGAUAACACACUUCGUGUGAUGCACGC